CUUCUGAUUUAGUAUCUCCUUUCGGAUAAUAGUUGUUACGCAAGGCGUUACACUGCGUUGCUUUUUACAUCACUCCAAUCUUUGCUGGGUUUUGCCUCGAGGAAACAGCCGACUGGAUAAUCCUUAUGUUGUUCCGUCUAUAGUAUUUAGCUAGGAGGAUGCCACCAAAGAAAAAGGAUGACAAGAAGAAAGAUGCCAACCAGGAUGCGAAGAAGAACGAGGCGGAGGAGGAGCGAGAGCUGGUGGAGAAAGAGCUUGUUAUUGGAUAUUUGCGCUCAAAGCUAAACAGGUACCAGGAGCACGGCGACCGGCUGCAGGUGGAUGUGGUGAAGCUGUCGGACGAGCUGGAGACGCAGAAACUCAACCUGCGGGACAUCAAUGAGUUCCUCACAAACGAGCUCAAGGCUCGCUCCCUGACCACCACCGCGCUGGAGGCCAAGGUGGCGGAGCUGAACACGCUGCUGGAGGAUGUCAAGAAGAGCCACGAGGCCGCCCUGAGCCGGCUGCGCUCCGACAAGGACCGCGACAUCGAGCGGCUGGAGGCGGUGGUGCGCGAGCACGAUCGCAAGGCGCGCAUCACGCAGGAGUUCCUGGACCGCAAGGAGGCAAUGGAGGCGGAGCUGCAGAGUCUGAAGGAGACGCUGGCUCGCAAGACCAAGGACUACGAACAGCAGCUCACCGACAUGGACCGGCAGCACAUCCAGGAUCGCGAGAAGUGGAAGCGCGAGAUGGCUUCCAAGAUCAAGGAGACCAAGCUGCAGAUGAUGAAGCUGACGGACAACCAGCUGGAGAUGACCACCAAGCGCACCAUCAUGGAGAACGAGCAGAUGAGCAUCGAGCUGUCCUACCAGUCGCGGCAGACGGAGAAGCUGCUAAACAAGAACUCCAAGCUGAUGGAGGAGAACGCGGAGUUGCGGCGGCAGCUGGAGCUGUCCAAGCAGACGGAGGAGGAGCUGGCGCGGCGCAACAACCUCUACCAGAAGACGAUCAAGACGCUGCUGUCCAAGCUGCAGGACCAGGGCUACGCUGCCGCCGAGAGCGACCAGGUAGUGGGGCAGCUGGACCAGCGGCUGGCGGACCUGGCAGGGCACCUGCACCUGGCGCAGCUGCAGCUCGAGGAGAAGAGCGCGGAGCUGGAGCAGCUACGGGAGAAGCUGGACUCCAAGACCGCGGAGGCCGCCUCGCUCACCUCGCAGUACGACGACACGGCCCGCUUCCUGCUGCAGUGCGUGGCGGACGUGCGGGACAAGGUGGUCACGGUUGUGCGGGAGGAGCGGGUGCAGCCGCAGGAGGGGGCGGCGGGGGGCGGGCAGCAGCCCCCCGGGGCGGACAUCACGGCGGUGCUGCCGGGUCGGUUGGAGGAGCUCAGCCUGGAGCAGCGGGAGCGCGUGUUGGCCUGGAUGCUGGAGCGGCUGCACGUCUACACCGUCAACCGGGGCCUAACGGGGCCAGGCGUGGGGCUGGGGCUGGCGCUGGGGGAGCAGUUCUCAGCGGGCGGGGCGCUGGGCGGCAGCGGCCUGGCCUCCGCCGCCAGCGCCCGCGGUGGCGGCAGCGGCGGGGAGGCGUCCAGCAGCGGCGUCAUCCUGCCGCCCAUCCCCUCCUUCAACCGCCGGCAGUACGCACACGGACACGGGCCGCUGUCGCAGAGCACGCCGCAGCCCAUGUCGGCGGGCAGCAUGGGGCUGGCGCUGGCGGGGGAGUGGGGGCAG